AUCAUUAUUAAAGUAGAUUUGUGCAACAAAAAUGGAUGUGAAAUAUUUCAUUGUUUUAGUUUUUGUCUUAAGUAUUACUGAACAAAUAUUUUCAAAGUCAAUACAGAAUAUAACAUCAUUGGAAGAAGACACCAUAAAUAGUCGACUGGAACUUUUGGAAACCAAACUUACUUUGUUAGAAAAUGAAAGAGGAAAACAACCUGUAUUGUUUUAUGCAAUUAUAAAACAGAGCGAAUUUAGCUUGAAUAAAUAUUCUACAGUUGUAUUUGAGACCAUAAUUAUCAACGAAGGAGGCCAUUACAACAACAACGAUGGAAUCUUUGUAGCUCUAAGAGAUGGGAUUUAUAUGUUUUCAUGGACGGUUUGCACAGUGAAUGCUGCUUACAUAAUAAUGGAGUUAGUAGUCGAAGAGAAAGUUAUAAGCUCUACUGGGGAGAAAGAAGUGGAUUCUAGUUCUUAUUCGUCUGCGUCAAUGACAGCUUUCUGUAGAAUGAAUAAAGAUGAACAUGCCUGGAUUAGAACAACUGGUUGGAAUACUGAAAAUUAUAUACAUAGUAAAGAUCAAUAUUCCCGCACAUCUUUCCUUGGAUUACUUAUUCAUUAAGAAUGAUAAAAACUGCAUAAAAAAUAAAAUACUUAUUCAUUAAGAAUAAAAAAAAAAACUGAAUAAAAAAUAAAAUAAAAAGAUCACGCAUCCGUCUGUAAAUAUAUUAUUGCUAGUCUAGUCGGCGU